UACGUAGGUCAUUCUCUUAGAACCUUUCUUGAAGGAAGCAAGCACUUUUUAGUGCUUGCUGGUGACGUUCUGCCGGCCGUUUUCAAAGCCCCUCGUGCAGUUACAGUUACAGGGAGCGGUUUAGUGAUCACUGAGUAAUUACUGACUGUUGUGGAGCUUCUGUUCAAAAAAUGUUCGCCAUGAAAUCUGACCUGGGGUUCGUUGCCGUAGCCGCCAUCUUGAGUCUGCUUCUAGGAAUCUUCAUCGGUCAGCGCACCAGCAGCAGCAGCAGUUCGAAGCUGCCUGAAGCUGCCCAUCUUCGAGUGAAGAGAUGCGACUCCCAGGGAGGCUACGAGGUCGAGGAGAGGAGCCAGCUUCAGAAACUGGUCGAGGACAGAUGGGAAUCCGAACAGCACUUGAACAAGGACAUACUCGACCUCAUCAACACCACCAACCUGAGGAAUAACUUGAAAGAGCUGUCCAGCAGACCUAUACUAGCAGGGACGGAGAGAGACAACGAACUGGCCAGGAUGAUCCAGCAGAGGUUCGUCGAAUCAGGUUUCGACUCGUCCGAACUUGUCCCAUACGACGUGCUCCUCAGCUACCCCAAUCAGUCGAACCCUAACUUGAUCACAAUUCACGAUGGCUCAGACAAAGUCGUGUUCACGAGCAGAUUUAAAGAAGAAGUUUUGCAUAAGGACGACGGGGAUCCGGAGUUCAUCCACUCUUAUGCCGCCUACAGUCCACCAGGUGACAUCAAAACGAAGCCGGGAACUGGCCUCAUCUACGUAAACUACGCAACUAUAGAGGACUUCGACAAAUUGGAGGAACUUGGGAUUGACGUCGCAGGACACCUGGUCAUCGCUCGCUUUGGAAAGAUCUUCAGAGGGAACAAGGUGACCAUCGCACAAGAGAGGAACGCGACAGGUAUCAUACUCUUCUCGGACCCGAACGACGUGGCUGCCACAGGUACGAGUCCUGCGGACGUGUACCCCAACUCCUUCUGGAUUCCUGGAUCAGGGAUGCAGAGAGGAACGACCUACGAUGGACUGGGUGACCCUCUCACCCCUGGGUGGCCCUCCACAAGGGAUGCCUACAGACUGGAUGAGAAGGAUGUCGUUUUGCCCAAGAUACCGUGCCAGCCUAUUGGGUAUGACGAUGCCCGGGAAAUCCUGAAAAAGCUGGGCGGUCCAAGCCCCUCCCGCAGGGUGGAAGGGAUGGUAUUAAAGAAGUCGGUUACAACCCUGGGCCCACAGCUGUUGGACGAAUUUCGGGACCACAGCAUCCGUUUGCAGUCUCACAAUUCGUUGCGCAUAACGAAGUCUUACAACGUCAUUGGAACGAUCAAAGGAGAGGUAGAACCUGAUCGCUAUGUCUUGUACGGAAACCAUCGCGAUGCCUGGGGCUACGGCUCAAUUGACCCUUCCUCCGGCACCGCAGAAAUGCUUGAGGUCGCCAGGGUCUUCGGAGAGCUCAAGAAGAAAGGAUGGAGACCCAGACGGACAAUGGUCUUCUGCAGUUGGGGCGCCGAAGAAUUUGGCCUCAUGGGAUCCACUGAAUGGGUUGAGGACCACGUGAACAAGCUGCAAGACCGUUCUGUCGCGUAUAUUAAUACGGACGGGUGCGUUUCAGGACCCAAUCUCCAGGUUGCAGCGAGUCCCCUUAUGUGGGAUCCCAUCAAAAAGAUCACGAAACUAGUUCCUGGUGUCAGCGACGGUGAAACAGUGUAUGACGAGUGGGCUGCUGACUUCGCUCUCCAGAACAAGUCUCAGCCUGUGAUAGGGACGCUUUCGGCAUCGUCAGAUCACACAGGAUUUAUGUUCUACUGUGGAAUCCCCUCUCUGGAUCGCCACUUUGGCUUUGACACCAGCAAAUACGACAUCGACAUCUACCCUUCUUACCACACGGGAUACGAGACCUUCUACCUGGUGGACAAAUUCCUCGACCCCAAUUACAGAAUCCUUCAGGGAUGCGGCAGGAUGAGCGCCCUCCUCCUCAAGUACUUCUCGGACUCUGCCGUAAUUCCCUACAGUCUGAGUAAGAUGGCCGAGACCAUAGAGGAGAACUUGGUCAGGCUGAAAGCGAAUGGCGUUGGGGAAAGACUGGUGCAGAUAUACAAUAAGUUCCCUGUUCUCGAAGAAGCUGUAACUAACUUCACACAAUCCAUAAACAAGUUUGUCAAGCGUAUUGAGCAGACGAAAGACACCAUGGGGCCGAUGUUGCUGAGAGCUGUCAACGACCAGAUGAUGAAGCUGGAACAGACGUUCAUUCUGCCGCCUGGUCUUCCAGGCCGACCCCUGGAACGACACGCCAUCUUCGCCCCGAGCCUCUACGACGCCUACGGGACCUCGGCGUUCCCGGGCAUCAGCGACCUCCUCUUCAGAAUCAACACUUCGAAGGACAAAGUGAAGAAAGAGCAGAGGAAGGAGACGCUGCGCCGCCAUAUUUCUGACGUCACCAUCGUCCUCCAGAGAGCUGCCAGAUUCCUGGAGGAUUUCCAGUUCAUCUGAAGUUUGUUUAGGUUGAAUCAUUUCGGUAAUGAUUAGGGUAUGAUCUUUAUUCUGGUUUGAUUUUUUUACUUUUGACUUUGUGUGUGGGAGAGAGUGGGGCUUUCAAAGCACUGCUGAUGAGGUAUUGUGGGUGGGUUGAGAAGCGGCUAUUACUACAUCCGGGGCUUCCUUGAAUUGCCAAUCCUCUGUAGCCUACCCUUGCUUUGCAAACAUCUGCAGAAAUUCUUUAUACUAUUUAAUAUUAAACAAUAGGCCUAUUCUACAAUAUAAUUACUAUUAAUCUGUAUUCUAUAACAUAAUUAUUAUUUAUCGUAUAACAAUGUUGGUUACAUCACACAUGUUUGUGUUGUAAGACAUACACACCAAUUGGUCGAUUUUGUAUUUUCUGGUGUAAAGUACAGUUAAAUAUGACAUUAAUUUUUGAAAAUAAAAAAACAGCUUGUGA